AUGACUCCAUCCCCGGCCGUCUCCCCCCUCUUCGUCCUCCGCAUCGUCUCCCCCGCUCUCGUCCUCCUCUCCUCCCUCUCCGUCAUCUUCACUCGCCCCGCCCCUCCACAAUCGCCUUCCCCCAUCACCUCCGUCGUCGUCGCCUCCCGUGCUCCUCGUCGCGCCCUUAUCCUCUCUCUGCUUUCUCUCUCGGCUCUCACCUUCCUCCUCGAUGGCCUCACCUUUGUCGUAUACACCGUCUUCCGCGAGUCCUGGCCCAAACUCACAGGCAUCGAGAUUAACGCCGUCCUCGGUCUCGCAGCGUACGCCGGUUUGGCGGCCCUGGGGGCCUGGAAAGACGUCCAGGGCGUCGACGUCUGGUCCCUACGCAGACUCAAGACCACGUUUACCGUCGCCCUCGCGCUGGACAUCGCCCAAGUCGUCCUCGUCGGCCGCUCUCUCACAAAACCGCUUUCCGCUGAUGUAUUACUACACUUUUCCUUCCCCGCGUUCCGCGUCCUCCUCCUCGUGCCCCUUCUCGGCGCGCUGCUCUUCCCGCGCGUCGCGUACGUCCCCGUGCACGCCGACGACAGCGUCGCCCCCGCAGAGACCAGCCUCCUUCUCCCCCCAGAGGAGGGCGCCGCGCCGUCCACAGGCCUCUCCCCGGUCUCCGCGGAGAUGAGCAAGUAUGGCACCUUCCGCCCCUCCGUGCGCUCGCUGCAUCCCUCUGGCCCGACCACCCGCACCCACACGCCCGUCCCCUCCACUCUCCAGGGCUCGACUGCGAAGGGCAAGGACUCCAAGGAAGAUAUCGUGCUCGACCCGUCGUGGAGCGAAAUCAUCGCUCGCCUCCGUCGCAUUGCGCCCUAUCUCUGGCCCGGCAAGAGCUAUGGCCUCCAGAUCCUCGCACUGCUGUGCAUCAUCGUCGUAGUCGUCGGCCGUCUCGUGAACAUCAUGGUGCCCUUCGUGUUCGCGGAGCUCGUGCAUAUGUUCGAGGAGGGAGUGUACGCGUCUACGCUGUGGGUGUACCUUUUCGUGUAUGUCGGCCUUAGGUUCCUCCAGUCUAGCGGUGGCCUCGCCGCCCUGCGCGAGACGCUUUGGGCACCCGUCAUGCAGUACUCGGAUCGCGAAAUGUCACAGCUGUCGUUUGACCACCUGCUGAACCUCUCAUUUGCGUUCCAUCUCCGCCGCAAGACGGGCGAGAUCCUCCGCAUCCUCGAUCGCGGCGCCGCUGUCAACAGGGCUUUCGAGCUUCUUUUGUUCAAUGUUGUACCCACGUUUAUAGACAUUGGUCUCGCACUGAUUCUGUUCUGCAUCUACUUUGAGUGGACCCUCACACUGGUCGUUUUCUUCGUCAUGACUGCUUACAUUUCGGCAAGUGUCAUUCUUACAAGGUGGCGCACUCGCCUGCGGAGGAAGAUGGUCGACCGCGACGUGGUUACGCGCGGAAUCCACACCGACUGUCUCCUUAAUUACGAGACGGUCAAGUACUUCUGCGGCGAGCAGCACGAGGCUGAGCGGUAUCGCGACGCCAUCUGCCAGUACCAGGCUUUGGAGUACAAGGUCAUCGUGUCUUUGAACCUCCUUAACCUGGUGCAAAAUUUCAUUUUAAUGUUGGGUCUUCUCAUCGGAUCCAUGAUUGUCGCGAUGCGUGUGACGAGGGGCCAAUCAAAGCCAUAUCAUUUCGUCUUCUUCGUGACUUACCUUGCUCAGCUGUAUAUUCCUUUGAACAUGCUCGGGACAAUCUACCGCUCCAUUAACCAAACCCUCGUGGACACCGAGAAGCUCCUGAAGCUCCUUGGCGAGCCGACGGACGUAAACGAUAAGCCCAACGCACCGGAUCUUGUCGUGCAGGACGGAACGAUCGAGUUUGAGAACGUCAGCUUCUCGUACGACGAGCGUGUACCUGCGUUGAGCAACAUCUCCUUCAAGGUGCCCAAGGGCUCGUCUGUCGCGUUGGUCGGGGAGUCGGGUGCGGGCAAGUCGACGAUUCUCCGUCUGCUCUACCGGUUCUAUGAUCUGAAGGAGGGCGACGGACGGAUCUUGAUUGAUGGCCAGGAUAUCCGCGAUGUGACCCAGGCAAGUCUGAGGAAGGCAAUUGGUGUCGUCCCCCAGGAUUCGGUGCUCUUCAACGCGAGCAUUUCGUACAAUAUCGGUUAUGGCAAGUUUGGUGCGUCUGCAGAGGAGAUCGAGGCGGCCGCGAAGGCUGCGCAGAUGCACGAGCGGAUUAUGAGCUUCCCAGACGGGUACGAGACCAAGGUUGGCGAGCGCGGCGUGCGGCUGAGUGGGGGCGAGAAGCAGAGGGUCGCCAUCGCACGGACGCUCCUGAAGAACCCCCCGGUCCUGCUGCUCGACGAGGCUACCAGCGCGCUGGACACUGCCACCGAGAAAGACAUCCAGAACGCCCUGCAGCACCUGGUCCAGGGCCGGUCGUCUCUGUCGAUCGCGCACCGUCUUUCUGUACGUCCCCUCGCUACGUCGUUCUGGGCUAUUUAUACGAUUACUGACGGGGAUUGGACGCAGACGAUCGCGUCUGCUGACUUGAUCCUGGUGCUGAAGGACGGGCAGAUCGCAGAGCAAGGCACGCACGCCGAGUUGCUGGCGCUAGGCGGAGUGUUUGCGAACAUGUGGGCGGCGCAGGUGCAGGGCCUGGAAGACGCGGCGUCUUCGCAUUCUCACCAGAAGGAAGCGGUGUCCGGCUACUCUGUUGAGCAGGAGCCAUCGAAGGAGACGGACAGUGCGAUGGAGGGUGUUAUCGCUGCAGAUGAGGGCACUGAUACCGCUGUGGGUGCGAUGGCGGAGGCAGAGAUGCUCGCCGAAGACGCAGCUGAGGCGGCGGAGACGGUGGGCGAGACGGCUCCAGGCAGGGAUGGCGCUCAAGACUCGCCGGCCUCGGAACCGGCCUCGGCGCCGGCACAGGCCGAAUCUCCCGCGGAGGCGCCGGUCGCGUUCCCCUCGUCUGACCCUGAGGCUGAGCAGACCCCAGAGCCCCAGCCGUUCCCCACUGCCAGCGCCGGUGCUGCUCCCCCCCUGGCGUUCCCCAGCUCGGACAGCCCUGCCCCCAUCGCGUUCCCCGGCUCUGGCGACGAUGCCGCCUCGACGCGGGCCAUGUCCGUCCCCGAGGGCUCGCAGACGCCCCAGGCAGCGGGCGUGACGUUCCAGGACACGCAGACGCCGCCGCGGGCGGGCACGCCCAGCACGCCGGAUCCGGACGGGAAGCGGCGGCGGACGCUGUCGACGCAGGGCAUCCAGCGGCUCGCGCGGCGGAUGUCGGUGUCGCGGCGCCAGGACUCGGCGUCGUCGAUCCCCAAGAUGGCGGGUGCGUUCAUCUCUGGGCUGAAGCGCGAGGCGACGAGCGCGUCGAAGGACGACGGCAGCACGAAGGACGCCGUGCGCGACAGCCCCACGGCGAGCGUGUCGAGCGAUAUUGGGAAGGCGAAGAGCAAGAAGGACAAGAAGGACAAGAGGAAGAGUGGAGUCUAG